UUUUUAUGCUCUCUCCCUCUCAGAGGCAUCGUUCAGAAGAAACCAUACACAAAGCUUUGCAGAGACAGUGCUUAGAGGGAGCAUUAGGGUUUAAGCCCCCCACCAUUGGAACUGCAGCAGAGGCAGCUGCGGUAAUUUAACUUCGGUUCCUCUGAAGAUGGUUGCUGACAAGGGGAAGAAGGUGAAGGUGUCCGCCGCUGACAAGGCCGAGGAGGAGAACUCCGAGCAGCUCGAUGGGGACCUCGUCCUCUCCAUCGAGAAGCUCCAGGAGAUCCAAGACGAGCUCGAGAAGAUCAAUGAGGAGGCUAGUGACAAAGUUUUGGAGGUAGAGCAGAAGUACAAUGAGAUUCGCAAGCCUGUAUACGAUAAGCGUAGUGAAAUCAUCAAGUCAAUACCUGAUUUCUGGUUAACUGCGUUUCUGAGUCAUCCUGCUCUUGGUGAACUUUUGACCGAGGAGGACCAAAAGAUAUUCAAGCACCUGAGCUCCCUGGAAGUGGAAGACUUCAAAGACGUUAAAUCGGGUUACUCCAUUACUUUCAACUUCCGUCCAAAUCCCUUUUUCGAAGAUACAAAGCUUACGAAGACCUUCACUUUCCUUGAUGAAGGAACAACAAAAAUUACUGCUACAUCAAUUAAGUGGAAAGAGGGAAUGAGUUUACCGAAUGGAGCUGCUCAUGAGAAGAAAGGGAACAAACGGCCAUUUGCAGAGGAGAGCUUCUUUCAUUGGUUUACUGACAACCAACAAAAGGAUAUUAUAGAUGACAUUAAUGAUGAGAUUGCAGAGCUUAUUAAGGAGGACUUGUGGCCUAAUCCCCUUAAUUAUUUCAACAAUGAUGCUGAUGAGGAGGACGGUGAGGAGGACGACGAAGAGCUCAUGCAGGGAAGGGAAGGCGAUGGCUCGGACGAGGAUGAUGACGAAGAUGAUGGCGAAGAUUCUGAUGAAGAUGGUGAUGACGAAGAUGGGAACUAAGCCCUCAAAUCGGAUCCUAAAGAUUUCGUGUUUUGCUUGGAUAUGUGUAAAGUGGGUCUUACUUGUUAAAGGUUUGCUGAAGUAUGAGCCUUAGUGGUAGCAGAGGAGGAUUACCAUCUAAAUUAGUAGCCUUUUUCUACUUCGCCUGAAGUGAAUGGAUACGACAGUCCGUCAAGACCUUGUCAAUGGCCCUUUUGUCCCGAUAUCUAUAUAAUCGGUGUUUAGGUUUUCGUUUUCUGGUGUUGUUCCUGAACAGCAAAGCUUCUAGAGAUGUUAUAAUGCUAUAUUGACAGCUUCAAUCUAUUUCUGCUGAGAAA